CAACAAGUUCCCCUCGGCGGGGACCCGGCCGAGGGGACCCCCGGACUCCGAGCCCCCGCCGCAGCCCAUGAGGGCAGCGGGGAGCGCGGCGGCGGCGGCUCCGCGGCUCCUCCGCGGCAGAUGCGCCGAGGCUCUGACGCCCAGCUCGCCCCGGCGGCGGGAGGGAGAUGCUCGCCCAGACCGCCACUUCUGCGUGAGGAAGCAUAAGGCAUCAUGGUGAGUAAGGAGCCCAGCAAAUGCUUACUCACCGCCUCGGACAGCGACGUCGAGCCAGCGGCUUCCCUGGCCUUGGAGAUGAAAUACGCGCUGGAUCCCAACCGGCAGAUCAAGAAACGGAACAAAGCCCUGCAGGUGAGGUUUAAGGAUAUCUGCGAGGCCCAGAACGAGCAGAGGGACAAACAGCUGUCCACCUCCACCUCCAGCACGCAGGACCCCGACAAGAGGGACGCCAAGGCCAUCGCCUACAAGACGGCGUAUCGCAAGUACAUGACGGUGCCCGCCCGCAGGUCCAUCCCCAACGUCACCAAGAGCACAGGAGUUCAGACUUCCCCCGAUCUCAAAAAGUGCUACCAGACCUUCCCUCUGGACCGGAAAAAAGGGAAUAUUCUUAAAAGCGCCUCGACCGUGGACACCUUGCAGGGCGAGAACAACGGGUUUCUGAUCGAUGUGAAGGACAGGGAGGGCCGGGGCUCGGCGGAGGCCGUUCCGUGGGGCAGGAAGGCCGGCAGCCUGCAGACGGCCGAGUUCAUCUCCCACGUCUCGGAGCGCGCCAACGCGGGCGCGCACGACGACGGCGCCGAGGCCUGGAAAAGCAGCGAUUUGCACAGUUCUCCCAAAGAGCCGCCUCCUCCUCCCCUCCCGAACUUGGCCGACCUCGCCGAGGACGAGCCCGCGCGGCCGCCCAGCCGGGGGAGAGCGGCGGCGGCGCGGCUGAGCGGCGAGGAGGCCGCCCAGCCCCUCCACCACGGGAGGGUCUUCAAGACUGAGGUGGCCACCGUUUACCUGCCGGCCUCGCAGCCCAACCUGCCCAACCUCGGCGACUGGUCGCCGUGUGCCGAGGAGGACAGGAGGAGGACGGUGCACCUGAACGGUGUCCAGCCCGCGGCGGGCGAUGCCGGGGCGUGCGCGGCGCGGGCGCGGUGCCCGGCCACCGAAUGUAAUGACCAGCCCCUGCAGGUCAACGUCUCGCCCGUGGAGGAGGGCCGGCCCUGCCAGGCGGCCGUGGCUCUGAGCGAGGAAUGCCAACAAAUCGUGCCUCACACCGAAGUUGUGGACUUGAAAGCGCAGCUUCAGAUGAUGGAAAGCUUGAUCAGCUCUAGUCAGGAAACCAUAAAGGUGUUGUUGGGUGUUAUACAGGAGCUCGAGAAAGGAGAAGCUCACAGAGAAGGGCUUUCGUAUCGGACUGGUCAGGACACGGCGAACUGCGACACGUGCAGGAACAGUGCAUGUAUUAUCUACAGUGUGGAAUUGGAUUUUAAACAGCAAGAAGACAAACUACAGCCAGUUUUGAGAAAACUUCAUCCCAUUGAGGAAACUCAGGUUGCACCUUUGCCUUAUUCUCAGGAGAGCUACUCCUCUACUCCCAAGCAAAAAUCCAAAACUGAAUCAAAAAAGCAUGGAAGAUGGAAACUCUGGUUCCUUUAACCCAAGUGUGGAGUUCAAGGCCUUCUUUGAAAAAUAUCUGGAGUUUUAUCCAUCAUCUCUGACAGGAUCUUGGUGGAUCGAGGAGGGUUCCUGGCCAACGGCAGCGUCCAGUUCUCACCGUAUGUACCAAAAAGGCCUUUGUACCUUUGGACUCACCGGAGCAAGGGGUCAGGGAACACCUUGCCCACUUUUAUUUGCAGUUUGCCAAUGUGGGAUGUAAAACCUGAAUGGAAAUUUGGACAGAGAUGGAAAGCAAAACUAUUUCCCCACCCUCAGAUCUGAAAGCAUCACGUUCUAACCUGUUAAACCGUAGGCUCCUCCCGUCCGCUCCAAAACAUCACCUUGUUUUAAAGCCUUCUGGGGGGUAGGUGGGAAAAACAAAAAACAAGCAAGCCUUAUGUUUGCAGUGGUGUCAGUUUUACAGAUCCAUGUUGAUUGGGGAGUGCAGUUUUCAGCACAGAAAUCCUGGACAAAGCACAAUUUUUCCUGUGGCCCGAGGCCGCGACGUCCCCGAGCCCUGACUGUGUGUUCCUGCCUUCAUGCGACGCAGACUCCAACCAAGCUCUCACGUUUCCACACCAUCUCUGAUUUAGCUGUGUCCUCAUCACCAGAACAACCAGUUUGUUGCUCAUCUCCAGAAACUUCCCAAAAUCAGGACAGGCCUUUAACCUCACCAAGCUCACAGGGUCAAGGCUACAGGACAAUCUCGAUGUCACUUUUGGUACCCAAAAGGUCUAAAUGACACAUUCUGGCACAGGAAACCAAACCCAACCCCACAAACAGAACAACCAUAAUCUGAAUUGUUGGCAUUUGCCAUAAUUUAGUAUUUUUUGUAACAGUCUUUGGAAAACCUCUCCACUAUUGCAGAAGGCGCCAGGAAAUUUCUAGUCUGCAGCACGUGACGAAACCUGCUUGGAAAGGAGCUGGAAUUUUAAAUGCUAUUUAUUUACUAAGCUUCUCAGAUGGGUUUCCCAACUUAUUAUAAUUUAUAUCUCGAUCUAUUAAUUGUACUUGCUAAUUGAUACACACUUAGGGGAGAGAUGUGAAGCAGGUUUUUUUUCCUAAUAUUAUUUUGGUUUUCCUUUUUUAAAUGGCACUUUAAAUUUCGCUCUGACUUAUACACUGCAGCAUUUUCCUUUAAGUGUUUGCUACUGUCAUUAAACUUGCAUCUAAAAUGACCAUGGGUGGAAAAAUUCCUCAUGUUAGAAGGGGCCAGCAAGUGGGAAUCUUGCUGUCUUUUGUUCUGGGGGAUUUUUUAAGGAUUUCAGAUAACUUGAGUGUCAUGUGACAAACUGGGGUCUGAAAUUGCAUCACCUGCAGCAGCUUUAAGGUACCAAUUCCUCAGCCUUUAGGUGGAAGAAAUGUGAUCUUUAGUUUGCACACACUAAAAGUGCUGGAAGGGUUUUCCUUGACACUAUUUUUCCUCUUAGCUCAGCAGCCAACCCAUUACUACAAGGAAAAUGGAGGAAAAUAACUGGGUUGCUUUUUCCCCCCAAAAGAGCAAGAAAAGGAGGUUAAAUUGGGAAUGCAGAUGAUGUCCAUGGCCAGCCCAAAAUUAAUUUCAGUCUGUUUUAAUGGAAUAAAGGCACCUUUGCAGUACAACUUCAAGAGGGCUACGAGUUCUUGCACAGAAACAAGUAUCCUGGAAUCCUUUGGUGGAAGUUGAAGGAUUAGGAAGGUGAUCCUGUGUACCAGGAAGGAAGUGCCAUUGUUUCACAUGGGAAAAAAAAAUGUGUUUCAUGUAUUUUAUAUUGUUUUUAAUUAAAAAUAUAGAACUGUUUACAUGACAGCCCACCUGACAUGGUUCAGAAUAUUUCCAAACUAAAAUAUACUAUUUCGUUUUCCCUAAGGUGAAAGAAAUCUCAAAUACAGACAGAACAAGGAAAACACAGCAGUAUCCAGUAUUAUUUUAAAAUAAUGUUAAUAAUUCAUGAACUCUUCCGUGCUCACAUGCCUAGUGUUGGGUUUUUUAAAGAAAUUAAACCAUCUCUCCGUGGCAAUCAGUUCCAAAAUCCUUGUAGUGUCACCACCUCAGUAGCUUUGCCCAUGAAGCUGUUUGUGCGUGACACCAAACCUGUUUCCGUGUGGUUAUUGACUCAUCCAGAGCUUCUGGAAUCCCGGAAAACAAGAGAGGGAAUGACAGACUGGUGAAACAAAGAGCUGAAAGGGAACGUUCUCAUGGCGUGUUCUGUCCAUGUCCAGGCUAUUUUCUUAAAGAAGUUGCAAAUUUUUAAUUUUUUACAUUUUUUUAAAAACCGGGAAAAGCAAACAUCCAUCGAGUCUGGCUUCCCACCCGGCAUCUCGUGUCCUCUCCUACCCUCCCAUGUAAUUUGUAAUAAAAUGUUUUUGCAAGUGUGUAAAAUGUAUCAUAUUGUAUUGCCUUUAGAAUCACUCAGGUUCAGGUCAGAUAGACACCAAGAG